AUGCGCUUCUCCACUGCUGCUGUGGCGCUCGGUGCGCUCUUUAUGGGCGCCAGCGCGGACGUCGCUGCUGUUGCUCCUGAAAUUCAAACCUCGGUCCUCAUGGUCCUCGCCCACGCCAUCCCUUCGCAAAGCAUAUCCUACGCCCUCGCCAGCCCCGCCGCCUUCGCCUCGGAAAUGGCUUCGUGCCUUUCUGCCAGCAGCACCCCGGCGUGGUACCAGGCGCUGCCCACCGAUGUGCAGAGUCUCCUGCCCCAGAUUUAUCCUCAGGAGACGCCUACCCCCAGCCCUACUCCCUCGGCGACUCCUUCGUCGACUCCCAGCCCUACUCCUACCCCUUCGUCCAGCGCCGUCGUCACGCCCUACCCAACUGCAGGCUUGAACAGCACGAGUGCUAUUACUAAGCCCCCGACCAGCGCUACGGGCACUAUUAGUCUGAGCUUGAUCCCUACCCCCAGUGCUACGGGUCCUGAAGGCCCUGCGUUCACUGGUGCGGCGUCCAGGCUUUCGCUCAGCGCUGGUCUUGGUGCUUUCAUCGGCUUGGUCGGUGUUCUUGCUUUGUAA